AUGGAGCAGUACCUCAGCCUCCUCCCGCACGUGCAACAGUACUUCCGCCGCUCGCCGGUCGUCCCCGCGGCGCUCGCCCUGCUGACGGGCGGCACAUUCCUGUACACGGUGCUGCGCUCGCCGAUCGGGUCGCUGCUGCCCACGACGAUCGAGUCGCCGCGGAUCGAGCUGCCGCGCCUCACGCCCGAGGAGCUCGAGAAGCUGCCGUACCCGCCCGAUGUGUUUCCGGGCGCGCGGUGGGUCACGACGCCGUAUGGCACGAUCCGCGUGUAUGAGUGGGGCCCCGAGGAUGGGCGCAAGGUCGUGUUUGUGCACGGCAUUGGAAGCCCGUGUGUGGUUGCGCGCGACCUGCUGUGGGAGCUGGUGGAGAAGGGCGGGUGUCGGGUGUUGGUGUUUGACCUCUACGGCCGCGGCUACUCCGACACGCCCCUCGGCGUCCCGCACGACCACCGCCUCUACGCCGCAGAACUAAUCUUCGCGCUGCACUCGUCGCCGCAGGCCCAGCGCUGGCACAACUUCACGCUCAUCGGCUACUCCUUCGGCGGCGGCAUCGCGGUCGCCUUCGCCAAGCUGUACCCGCACCUCGUGCGCGACCUCGUCCUCCUCGCGCCCUCGGGCCUCGUGCGCUCCUCGCGCCUCGGCGUCUUUGCGCGCUUCGCGCAGGCGGGGUACGUCCCGAAUGCUGUUGCGGGAUGGCUGGCCGUGCGGAGGACGCACGGGACGCCGUCGGCGGAGGUUGUGGCGGCGCGCGGCGCGGAUCCCAGGGUGAGGGAUGCGGGGAGGGCGGUGGAUGUCGAGGGGAUCAUCGAGUGGCAGGGGAGGGCGCAUAGAGGGUUUCUGACGGCGUUCUUGAGCAGCUUUAGGAAUGGGCCGCUGUUUGAUCGGCAGGGGGAGUGGGCGGAGGUGGGGAGGGUGUGGAGGGAGGAGAGGAAGAGGGUGUUGGUGGUGGUGGCCGGGGAGGAUGUGGUCAUUGAGCCUGGGUUGGUGGGGGAGAUGGUGGAGUUGUUGGCGGGGGGCGAGGAGGCGGGGAGGAGGGUGGUCGGGAGGGUGUUUGAGGGCAUUGGACAUGACUUUGUGGUGAGGAGGGGGAAGGAGGUGGCGGGGAUUGUGAUGGAGAAUUGGAAGGGGGAGGGCGUCAAUGGGAUGUAG